ACAUAAUUGUAAAUAUUUUCCAAAAUCUCUGUCCAAAGUAGCUGUAGGUCCCAGGAUGCCUGGAAUUCUUAUGGCCUUGCAGCCUCCAAAAAGAGCAGGAAAGAGCAGCCCCUUUCAUUGAUGCUCUUCCCCCCCCCUUGAUUCCUUUCACCUUCCUUUGAGUUUUCCUACUCACAACUAUGCAUUGGUCCCUCUUGGGCUUCAUCCUGCUGGUUUCUUCAUUUUGUAACCUCCACAAACAACCCUAUUUUUCCCUUCCUCAUCCAGGUCAUUUAUAGGUUAACUCCAGAGAGAAGAAGGACGUUAUUGGGUCAGAAACCACAAAAUUUUGGCCCGGACGCCUUUUUAGAAAAUUAAGAAAUUGUGUCCCUGUUUGAGAAGCAGCUUCCUGCACAAAGGGCCAAUCAGUUAAGGAGAAAUCAAACUGGUCAGCAGUGAGGGGUCAUCCCGGGCCUUGACUGAGAAGGGUAACAAGUGGCCCAGAGACCUCUUGAAGUGGAUAAAAGAUUUACCUUGAAGACAACAGAGGGUAGAAAAUCAGCCCAAGGCAGCAGCCGCCCGAAAGAAUGAUGGAGUCUGGGAAGCUCUUGGAUCCCCCAUCAGACAUAAGCAGGAGUCCGAAAAAAUCCUAUGAAUGCUCAGAGUCUGGGAAAUCCUUUGCUCAUGGGUCCCUCCUUUCGACCCACAGGAAGGUCCAUAUGGGGAGUGGAUCCAGUCAAGAUUUGAAGGGUCAAAAAUCCUUUUCUGGAAAAAAUAACGAAGAUCUUAGGAGCCCCACAACACUAAAACCCUAUAAAUGUGAGGAAUGUAACUUAUCCUUUGCUCAUAAGCCAAGCCUUCGUACACAUCAGCGAAUCCACACUGGAGAGAAACCUUAUCAAUGUCUGGAAUGUGGGAUUUUUUUCCGUGAAAAAGCCAUUCUCAGAAACCACGAGAGAAUACACACAGGGGAGAAACCUUACAAGUGUUGGGAAUGUGGGAGGAGCUUUUCUCAGAACUCAAGUCUUUGGGCCCAUGAGAAGACUCACGCAGGAAUAAAAUCUUACAAGUGCUUUGAGUGUGGAAAAUGUUUCACCCAGAGUUCAGGUCUUCGGAGUCAUUGGAAAACACACAGAGGGGAGAAAAACGAAAAGUGCCUCGAAUGUGGGAAAUGUUUUAUGUCGAAAUCAACUCUGAUGCGACAUCAGGGACGUCACACGGGAGAGAGACCCUAUGAAUGCCCAGAAUGUGAGAAACGAUUUGUGUAUUCUUAUGAACUUCGGAGUCACCAGAAAAGGCACAAAGAGGAGGAUCCGAAUCAAUGUGGGGAGUGUGGGAAAAGUUUUUUUUCGCCAGGAGCAUUACAGGUUCAUCAGAGAAUCCACAGGGGGGAGAAACCCUACAAAUGUGGGGAGUGUGGGAAAUGCUUUUCCCAAAAACAACACCUUGCAACCCAUCAGAGGGUCCAUACAGGAGAGAAGCCGUACAGAUGCGCAGAAUGUGGAAAAUGUUUUGCUCAAAUGGGAGUCCUUUGGACACAUCAUAAAACCCACACAGGGGAGAAGCCAUAUCAAUGCAAUGAAUGUGGAAGAUUUUAUCGUACCUCAUCAACCCUUAGAAAUCAUUUGAAAAUUCACACGGGGGAAAAAAAUCACAAAUGUUUGGACUGUGGGAGAGCAUUUGCUGAGUCAUCUGCCCUUAGAGUUCACAGCCGAAUCCAUACAGGAGAGAAACCUCACAAAUGCUCAGAGUGCAAUAAAUGUUUUUCACAAAAAGUGUCUCUUGUGAAGCAUCAACGAAUCCACACUGGAGAGAAACCAUAUAAAUGUCUGGAAUGUGGGAAAUGUUUUGCCCAACCUUCAGCACUUCACAUGCACACCCGAAGUCACACAGGAGAGUAGCCUCACAAGUGUGCAGAAUGCAAGAAACCUUUUGCUAGUAAUUCAAAGCUAAAAAAGCACCAGAAAGUCCAUAGCAGAGAUAAAUCUCUUCAGCUCCAUUCGCCAAACACAAGCAGCUCUCCACCAAAAGACAAAAAAUCCCAUGAAUGCUUAGAGUGUGGGAAAUCCUUUGCUCUCCAGUCUCUCCUUUUGACCCACAGGAAGGUCCAUGUGGGAAGUGGAUCCAGUCAAGGUUUGGAGGGUGAGAAAUCUUUCUCUGGGAAAAACUCCAAGGAUCUCAGAAUCCCCUCAAGACUAAACCCCUAUAAAUGUGUGGAAUGUGACUUAUGCUUUAGUCAAAAGUCAAGCCUUCUUAGACAUCAGAGAAUCCACACAGGGGAGAAACCUUACAAGUGUUGGGAAUGUGGGAAGAGCUUUUCUCAGAACUCAGGUCUUUGGUCCCAUGAGAAGACUCAUGCAGGAAUCAAACUAUACAAAUGCUUUGAGUGUGGGAAAUGUUUCACCCAGAGUUCAGGUCUUCAGACUCAUCAGAAAACACACAGAGGGGAGAAAAACGAAAAGUGUCUCGAAUGUGGGAAAUGUUUUACCUUGAAAUCAGGUCUGGUGCAACAUCAGAGACGUCACACUGGAGAGAGACCCUAUGAAUGCCCAGAAUGUGAGAAACGAUUUGUGUCUUCUUAUGAACUUCGGAGACACCAGAAGAUGCACAAAGAGGAGAAACCGUAUCAAUGUGGGGAGUGUGGAAAAAGUUUUAUUAAGCCAGGACAGCUUCAGAUUCAUCAGAGAAUCCACACAGGGGAGAAGCCGUACAAGUGUGGGGAAUGUGGGAAAUGCUUCUCCAGAAAAAACCACCUUGGAAGCCAUCAGAGGGUCCACACAGGAGAGAAACCCUACAGAUGCAUAGAAUGUGGGAAAUCUUUUGCUCAAAAGGGGGCCAUUUGCAGCCACCAUAAAGCCCACACAGGGGAGAAACAACAUCAAUGCAACGAAUGUGAAAGAUUUUAUAGUAGCUCAUCAGCCCUUAGAAGUCAUGUGAAAACUCACACAGGAAAAAAAAACUACAAAUGUUUAGACUGUGGGAAAGCUUUUACUAAGUCAUCUCCUCUUAUAAAUCAUAGCCGAAUCCAUACAGGAGAGAAACCCCAUAAAUGCUGAGAAGGAAAUAAAUGCUUUUCUCAGAAUGAU